AUGGAGCGAGGGGAAGAGCUGCACGUCCCAGAUCUCAGCAAAGGCGAGGACGAUGAGAGCUGGCCGGGCCCCCAAACAGGUGAGAGGCUGGCGAGCAUGGCUGGGGCAGAGGAUGCUGCAUCGGGAAGAGGCGGCACCAGCACCGAUGUGGAGCUGGUGGGAGCGUGGCACAAAGACCCUGCUGCAGGGGUAGAAGAAGCUGUGCGAGGAGGCAGUGCCAGGGUGGAGGAGGCUGUGCCAGGAGGUAGCGCUGAUGCAGAGCCGGCGCGGCAUAGAGGCCCCACCGUCAGGUGGCCCUUUAAAUGCAGUGAGUGUGGGAAGAGCUUCCGGCAGAGUGCCACACUGACAAGGCACCAGCUCCUCCAUGCGAGCGAGAGGCCUUACAUCUGCACCACCUGCAGCAAAGGCUUUUGCGACCACGCAGCGCUGGCCACGCACCAGCGGGCGCACACAGGUGAGCGCCCCUUCCCCUGCCUGGCGUGCGGCAAGGCCUUUACUGGCAGCUCGGCGCUGCUGGUGCAUCAGCGAGUGCACACCGGUGAGCGUCCCUACCGCUGUGGGAAGUGCGGGCAGAGCUUCCGGCAGAGUGCCCACCUGGCACAGCACCAGCAGGGCGCCCACGCCAGCCAGCGCCCCCACGCCUGCGCUCACUGCGGCAAGAGCUUUGGGCUGCGCUCCACGCUGGCACGGCACUUGCAGACACACAGUGUCGAACGCCCCCACGCCUGCCCUGACUGCCCCCGCCGCUUCCGCCAGCGAGCCCACCUGCUCCGGCACCGGCUAGCGCACACAGGUGAACGUCCCUUCCCCUGCCCGGUCUGCGGCAAAGCCUUUGCCCUGAGUGCCACGUUGCUGCGGCACCAGCUGGUGCAUACGGGUGAGCGCCCCUACCGCUGUGGGGAGUGCGGGCGCAGCUAUACACAGAGCUCCUACCUGCGCCAGCACCAGCGCAGUGCCCACGCUGGCCAGCGCCCCCACACCUGCCCUGACUGCGGCCGUGCCUUUGCUGACCGUGCCAACCUCCUGCGGCACCAGCGGGGCCACACAGGCGCCCGACCCCACACCUGUGCUGAGUGUGGGCGGAGCUUUGCCCAGCUGGCACACCUACGGGAGCACGGGCGCACACACAGCGGGGAGCAGCCAUUCUGCUGCAGCAGGCUGAGCCGGGGGCUGAUCAGAGAGUUGGCCGAGAGUGACCGGCAGCCCGGCCAGUGA